AAGGCAAAUCCACCGAAACGCCACCAUCCACCUCCUCAGUUUCAAGCAUCGUUGGUGGUGAACGGUGGAUCACUGGGAGGAAGAACGACACUGUUAUUUAAUGGCCCAUAAAUUGAGAGGCGAAAUAGUUGGCUGAAAAACUGGGGUCCUUAGCGAGGAAUAUAGUCCUUCGCUGGAAGAGAGAAGGACGCGUUGUUGGUCGAGCAUCAUCCACAGCGAACCGUCAUUUUAUAAGGAGGAGACCAUCCAAACCGUUACAGUAAGGACUUUAGAAUAGAAUAACCUACAAGUAAUUGAACGGAUAUUUAAUUGUAAAACAUUUAUUACUAAUGUAGAAUUAUACAAAUUAAACAUUGCAAAAAAUAAAUACCCGUUUAUAGACAAUUACAACGAGAAGGUAUCAUAGAAAAUAAAUCGACCUCAUCUCUCCCUUUGCCUUUUUGUAUUGCAUAUUGAGGAUAAAUUGCACCUCUGUUAGCCUAUUGGCCAAUUUUAUUUAUCAAAUCGAGUUCAUAUAGCAUGGGCCAGGGCUGAGUAAGGCAUAGGCUAUCGGUAAAUUGGACUCGAGAGGAAAGCACGACGCAUUUGCCAUUAUCCAUGUCAAGCAUCCUUUUCAAUUUGUCGUUUCAUUCCCGAUCUCAGAACAUUUCCCCAUAUCUAGGCUGAGAGUAUUUUUUUCCUAUAUCCACAUCCCCAGUGGAUUUUUAAGGGCAGUCUGGAAUACCACGACUGGUUGUGCUUUGGGGGGGGGAACAUUUUUGACGUUUGAUUCGUGAGGUUUGACGCCACGGAGAGAAGAUGUCGGGGCAGACGCUGACGGACCGCAUUGCCGCGGCGCAAUACAGCUUAACGGGAUCGGAGGUUGCUCGAGCUGUUUGCAAAGCCACCACUCAUGAGCAGACAGCACCCAAGAAAAAGCACCUGGAAUACCUGAUUGAGGCCACCAAGGAGUCUAAUGUGAACAUCCCACAGAUGGCGGACACGUUGUUUGAGAGGGCCACCAAUGCCAGCUGGGUGGUGGUGUUCAAGGCCCUGAUCACUACGCAUCACAUGAUGGUCUCUGGCAAUGAGAGGUUCCUCCAGUUCCUUGCCUCCAGGAACACCCUCUUCAACCUCAGUAACUUUCUGGACAAAACUGGCUCCCAUGGCUACGACAUGUCCACGUUUAUCAGACGCUACAGCCGGUACCUCAACGAGAAGGCGUUCGCCUACAGACAGAUGUCCUUCGACUUUGGCAGAGUGAAGAAGGGAGCUGAGGGGGUGAUGAGGACGAUGCCCGUAGAGAAGCUGUUGAAAGGAAUGCCCACUCUGCAGAGCCAGAUAGACGCCCUGCUGGAGUUUGAUGUCCAUCCCAAUGAACUGACCAAUGGGGUGAUCAAUGCGUGCUUCCUCCUGAUGUUCAAAGACCUGAUCAAGUUAUAUGCCUGCUACAAUGACGGGAUCAUCAAUGUAUUAGAGAAAUUUUUCCAGAUGAAGAGAGGACAGUGCAAAGACGGGCUGGAGAUCUACAAGAGAUUCUUGACACGGAUGACCAGGGUUUCUGAGGUCUUCAAAAUUGCUGAGACCAUAGGAAUUGACAAAAAUGAUAUCCCGGAGCUCACUCAGGCCCCUGAGAGUCUCCUGCAGUCCCUGGAGACUCACCUAAACACUCUGGAGGGGAAGAAGCCAGAGGAUGUUCACAGAGACGAUGUGUCACCAACCAAGGAGUGUGAAGCAAAUGGCUCCCCGGCCGCAGCCGCCACGCCUACAAAAGCUCAAGCGGCCCCUGCAGCUGCUGCUGCUCCUGUUGCUCCUGCCCGCCCUGGACCACCUGCCAGACCCACGGCGGCACCCACCUUCAAGGGCUCCAACAAUGCUCUGCUAGACUUGGAUCCAUUGUCAGCCUCCCCAUCAGCAGGUGGAGCAGCAGCCUCUAUCUCGUCAUGGGGAGAUCUGCUUGGUGGCGGUUUAGAUACCCCCCCUGAUCCCACUAGCACCUCUGAGCCAGCCGCUGUUGCUGCUGCUGAUGCUGCAGCUGGUCCAGCUUCCACGCCCACGGUGGCCCAUAUGGAUGGCCCCGCCGCGCCCUCUGUGGCCCCCGUGGUGGUGCUGCCCGUGCCCGCCACUACCGCCUCAGACAUGGAUCUGUUCGGAGACGCGUUUGCACCCUCCCCAGGUGACGGCCCACCCAGCAGGGCGCCUGCUGCUGAUGCAUGUGCCGGAUCUGACCCCUUCGCUCCAUCGGAGGGGAGUGCGAACUUGGCUCCAGAGAUGGACCUCUUUGCUAUGAAGUUCGAUAACACGCUGGCUGCCCCAGAAGCAGCCAGCCCCACCUCUAGCGCAGUGCCGAUCAUUGUCGCCCCCAUCGAGCCCCCUGCUGCCGCCCCCGCUCCCUCCACUACCACCACUGAGUCUGCAGCCGCCCCCGCCCCUGCCGUCCCCACUCUCGACCUCUUUGGUGAUUCUAUGUUUGAUUCUAUUCCUGAGAAAAGCCCUACCGCAGAAAAAGCUGAUGCUGCUGUUACUCCUAGCGUAGACCUAUUUGGGGCAGAUCUCCCUACUAUCUCUCGCGGGCCCUCUCCUUUGCCUCCCGAGGCCAAUGCUGAUGAAGACCUCUUGUCUGGUGUGACUGAUGCAUUCUCUGCUAUGGCUCCAGCACCAGCAGUGGCUCCAACUCCAGCUCAAGCCCCGGCACCAGCUCCAGCUCCUGCCCCUGCAACGGUCUCUCCUCCCAAACCUGAGCCCUCUGCACCUGCACCUGUCAUUGAUCUGCUGGACACAUUCAGUUGUCCUGCUCUGUUGGACGCUACGCCCGCUGCCCCCGGGGGACCAGGAGAGGAUCUGUUGGGUGGACUGAUGUCUCCUAGCCUGGCUCCCACGGCAGCCCCUGCUCCUUUGGCCCCCGCUUUGGCCCCGGCCCUCGCCCCUACGCUGGCUCCUGUCUCAGCCCAGAAUGACUUGCUGGAGUGUGGCUUCGACACCCUCGGCUCCCUACCCCCACUAAUGCCCGCCACACCAGCAGCUGCAGACACAGUGCCGGCCGCAGCAGCACCCUCUGGUGGCUUUGAUGCAUCAGUGUUUGGCGGAUUAGGGGACAUACUGAUGCCAGCCAUAACACCCCAGUCCACUGGGGGUAGUGUGGGCAGCACUGUCAGUGGUGGGGUCAGUACCAAGUUUACACCUGCGGUCGGGGUUGGCAUGACAGGCGCCACAGCUAUUAAACGGCCAUCCAUCGGGGGCGACUUGGACUCCUCCCUGGCAAACCUGGUUGGAGAUCUGGGGAUUCAGAAAAAGGACCACCAGUGGAAUGAGAAGAAGCUGACAGGAGGAUCUAACUGGACCCCCCAGGUAGCCCCUCCCAGCUGGGGCGCUCCUGGACCUAUGAUGGGUGGCCCCGCCCCUGGAGCCCCUGGUGCCCCUGGAGCCAUCCCUCCGCCCAUGGGAGCACAUCCUGGCUUUGGCAUGGCCUCAGCAGCUGGAUCUGGAGUUCCCAUGAUGCCUCCCAUGAUGAUGGGACAGCCAAUGAUGGGUCAACCCAUGAGACCACCCCUGCCAGGAGCUGCAGCACCAGGGGCACUGCUGUCUUCAGGACCUGCUGCCACCCAGAGCAAAAAGCCCAAGGACCCACUGGCAGACCUCAACCUCAAGGACUUAAUGUAAUCCCCCAGCCCAGCUCUUGUUUUUCUGGAGCUGGGCCCUCUGGCCGCCUGUCUUAUUUCGGCGUUCUCUACAACCUGGGACACCAGAGACCCUCCUCAGCUACUCACCCAUAGGAGACCCCCUUCCUCCACCCCAUCCCAGCCCCCUGUGUAAUGUUGUAGCACAAACUGUGAAAGUGACACCUUAGUGAGGAAAAAACAAGUGUGUGCUUAACUAGAUGUAACCUUUUGUCUAAACAAAACCACACAAAACAUAUAAAAAUUUAAAAAAGUCAAUCAAAGCAAGCCAGAAACCCGAGCGGAAGCUGAAGGCGUAUGUGCUGUAUGUAUUUAGAUCCUUUUUUCCAGUAGUGUUGCCGUGUUGAGUUGAAUGAUGGAUGCGUGUUUGUUCGAUGCCCUCAACUCCACCUUCGGCCCUGCACUGGCCUUCUGAUCACUCAAGAGGGGAGGGGUUUCCACCCUACCUCACCCUGAUUGGAUAAGAGGGGUAAGCAAAGCAGCCCUGUCAUUUUUGGAUGAAACGUGCAAUGUGUCGUUUGCAGAAGUUCUUCUUCGGUGGUGUAUAUACAUUACACUGGCAAAUCUUUAAGGAUUCUGUCUCUUCUCUGUAUGUCUGUGGAAGAGCAUAUUGAUGUGAAUCUGAUAUCAAAUUGUAAGAAGUCAUGUGACCAUUAUCUUAUUUCCCGUCAUCUUUUGAACGUAUUUAGAAACAAAUAUGAAUAUAUGAUUAAUAUGAAUAAGCAACAUGUACGGGCUCCUGAAUCCUAAAUGACCAUCCAGUGAUUUUUUUUAUGAUGUUCAGUAUAUUUAUUCGUUUUUUUGUCAGCGCUUAUUUUUCUAUUUAUUUAUUUUUUAGAUUUUGCGCAUCGUGUCCAGCUUUAUUUGUAUUUUCUCUCUCUGUUGACAUUGUUUGCGAAUCUGCUAUAGAACAUUGUCGGAUAUUUUUUACCAACAGAUCGUAUCUUAUUGCUUAUUUACAGAGAAAAUGUGUUUUCCUAAUCCUAUUCAAGAUAAAGGUCAAAGAGUGCAUAUCAGGAGCCAGAUGUUGCCAGUACCUCAUAUCUCAAUAUAGUUAGUCUACUUCCUGGUAUCAGCGGCACUCUCCCUAUGGACCUAUCACUGUCCUCCUCAUCAGUGGUCUGUUGUUUGAUUUUCAUAAUUGCUCAUACUUUAUUAUUAUCAUUAUUACUAUAACUAGACCACGGUUAGGUACUGGAUAUGUAGUGUUAUUUUUGUAUUUGAGAAGAAACAAACAUCCUUGUCUCCCUAUUCCCCCACCCCAGAAUUUGUUACCUAUUUCUGUUCCGUUUCCUCCCCCAUUGUUAAUGAAUCAGUAAUAUUGUACAUGGUAGCAUGGGCAGAGAGGAGAGCCUGUGUCUACCCAGUCAAAAGAGGACACUGUUGAACAGUGUGGCUUCCAUGUAUAUCUAGGCAGCUGUUUAGAACCAGUGAAACCAGUCCUGUGCUGUACAGCCCCAGAUAUAACAGAUCAUUUGUUGUGUCAUUGCAAGACUGUUUCGACAAUUGUUGUGGGAAAAAAUAUGGAUUGAAAAAUGGGAAAACAUGCUUUUUUUCAUUAUUGAGUUACAUUUUUUUUUAAAUAUCUUAUUAUUAUUAUUUACUAUGCCCCUCCCCAGUGCAUGUAAGCCCUUUGAGAUGCAAUAAACUCAAUGAUGGAAAGAAUCGCC